UGGAGGAGCCGCCCCGACUGCGGGAGUCCAGGGAAGGAGGGAGUAGAGGCCGGGGCAGAGGGCGAGGGUGGAGGGCGCUGGCGGCGGCAGCCGCGGAAGAUGAGCAGCAGCUGCUCAGGGCUGAGCAGGGUCCUGGUGGCUGUGGCUGCAGCCCUGGUGUCUUCCUCCUCCCCCUGCCCCCAGGCCUGGGGUCCUCCAGGGGUCCAGUAUGGGCAGCCUGGCAGGUCCGUGAUGCUCUGUUGUCCUGGAGUGAAUGCUGGGACCCCAGUGUCCUGGUUUCGGGAUGGGGAGUCGAGGCUGCUUCAGGGACCCGACUCUGGACUGGGACACAGACUGGUCUUGGCCCGCGUGGACAGCACUGACGACGGCACUUACAUCUGCCAGACCCCGGAUGGUGUAUCUGGGGGCACGGUGACCCUGAAGCUGGGCUUUCCCCCAGCUCGUCCCGAGGUCUCCUGCCAAGCAGUAGACUAUGAAAACUUCUCCUGUACGUGGAGUCCUGGCCAGGUCAGCGGCCUGCCCACCCGCUAUCUUACUUCCUAUAGGAAGAAGACCCUGCCAGGAGCUGAGAGUCAGAGGGAAAGUUCAUCCACAGGGCCUUGGCCAUGCCCACAGGACCCUCUAGAGGCUUUCCGAUGUGUGGUCCAUGGGGCAGAGUUCUGGAGUGAGUACCGGAUCAACGUGACUGAGGUGAACCCACUGGGUGCCAGCACGUGCCUUCUGGAUGUGAGGUUACAGAGCAUCUUGCGCCCUGACCCACCCCAGGGACUGCGGGUGGAAUCAGUACCUGGUUACCCGAGACGCCUGCACGCCAGCUGGACAUACCCUGCCUCCUGGCGCCGCCAACCCCACUUCCUGCUCAAGUUCCGGUUACAAUACCGUCCAGCGCAGCAUCCAGCCUGGUCCACGGUUGAGCCCAUCGGCUUGGAGGAGGUGAUAACAGAUGCCGUGGCUGGGCUGCCCCAUGCGGUACGAGUCAGUGCCAGGGACUUCCUGGAUGCUGGGACCUGGAGUGCCUGGAGCCCAGAGGCCUGGGGUACUCCUAGCACUGGUCCCCUACAGAAUGAGAUGCCUGAUGGGAGCCAGGUACACAAACAGCAGCAAGAGGCAGUAGUCGCUCAAGAGGACGGCCCCACCCCUCCAAGACCUUCCUUGCAGUCAGACCCAAGGCCACUUGAUCACAAGGACCCCUUGGAGCAAGUGGCUGUGUUAGCAUCUUUGGGAAUCUUCUCUUUCCUUGGUCUUGCUGUUGGAGCCCUGGCUCUGGGGCUCUGGCUGAGGCUGAGACGGAGUGGCAAAGAUGGACCUCAAAAACCUGGGUUCUUGGAACCAAUGAUUCCAGUGGACAAGCUUCCAGGCAUCCCAAACCCGCAGAGGACCCAGGAGAACUUCAGCUGAUCCCACCUGUAACCCUGUCAGGCUGGGGUGCUUAAAUGGGCAGGCAGAGAGAGGCAGGGCAGUGGAUCCCCGUGGAUGGAGGUCUCAGAAGUUGGAAGCCCUUUUCUUUGAGACCCGAUAUUCCAAACGUCCUGCCAGCUCAAUGCUGUCUGAACCUCUGAUGUCAUCCUUGAGGUGGAAGUCCACUUGAGGAAUGUGUGUAGAUGUGCGUGUCUGUGUCCAUCUGUGACUGUGUGUAUGUGAGAUAAGGGACAUACAUUCUCUGUAUGUGUGUAUAUAGAUGCUUGGAGAGUGUGUGCAGACCUUGGCCUUGGCCCUUGUGGGGACUGUGAAGAGUUGAAAUAAAGAGACCGAAGAAGUUUUUGGAGA